AUGCCGGUUGAAGGCUUAGAGAACGUGACGCCGGAGAUAGCCGGAAACAUCGCCAGGAAGAUGCAGAUGUUAAAUGCCCAGGGUAUCACGGUUUGGCUUCGGUUUGCACACGAAAUGAAUGGAGACUGGUAUGUUUGGGGACAGAAACCAGCCCUGUUCCUUGAGAAAUGGAAGCUCGUUACAGCUGCCGUCAGAAGUGUUGCACCAAAGACCCUUAUGCUAUGGGCUCCAAAUUCAGGCUUUGGUAAAGACCAAGACGCCCUCUUGGGAGGUUAUACUAAAUACUGGCCAGGAGGGGAAUGGGUCGACAUGAUUGGUUUAUCAUUUUAUCAUUAUGGAGGGCAUGAGCGCGCCAAUGUUCUCCCCUCACCGACGGAAGCUCAGGACACAAUUAAAGAUUUCGUCAAGUUGUUUGGUUCCAAAAACCAUGAUCGGCCUGUAGUUCUGGCCGAGACUGCGGCAUCUUACACGCGCUCGCUCGACGGGAAACCAGCCCCUGGUACCGCAAAUGAACGGGAUAUCAAACUAUCUUGGAUGAGCCAGCUCUUAUCACGUUCGAUGGCAGAGGCAGUGCCCGAGCUAAAGGCUAUCGUUUGGUUCGAAGUAAUGAAAAAUGAAAACGCAGCUGGAAACACCCCUGUCAAAUCAGAAGACUUUCGAAUAGUAACUGGUCAAAUAAAACCGUUGACUGAUGACGCUUACAAAUUACUGAGCCAUCGCUCUUCAAAGUCCUCCAAGGUCAGAAAACCCAAACGCUCAGGCCACUUGGGCAAAAAGCGCGUAGGGAUGAUGUAAUACUUGGAUGGAUGUCUGUGGUUUCACCCUGUCUCAUCUGGAACGGCGUCUGAACGAUCAAAUUCUGCAUCCAACGGCA